GCAGGAGGUAACUUUGAAGCAGGAGAAUCAUUUGCAGGCCCUGCCUUGGCAGAAAGUCCCACGCCAGUAGAACCCAGAGUGUGGAAUUCAUCGUCCAAUCCAUCAAGCAAAUUGAAAGAAGCUUUGGACCUGGUAACCCGUCCCGUCUUUAAGACGUUUCCCCAUUAUUCAUCUUCUUCCUUGCCAUAACUCAAACAACAGUAGUCGCCCACAUUCCAAACAAACAAAACAAUCAGGUCUUCUGUGCGUCGAGCAUCGAGCUACGCUGGAAAAGCGUACUGAGAACGAUGAACAGUGUCCGACCUAGAUAACAGCUAAACAACCUUUCCCCUACUCAAGAACAGGGCCAGUGAGUUCGUCUAAGGAAGAUAAAUUACACAUAGACCAAAGAAUCCAGCAACAAACACUUAAAUCAAUCCUGAAGGGAACAGGAAUUUCCGCGAUUUUUCCGUUGGAUUGUGAGGUUUUGGCCGUGAUUCAGGUUACAAAAUUCAAAUCCAGGCUUGGAAAUGAACUCAGGUGUGAAGAGCGACCAAGACAACCCAAGAAUCCGAGUUCAAUCCAUGAUUCCAAACCAAAUUUGCAGCGCCAGAGCCUGUACGGACGAAAAAGAGCUGGGUCGCAAGUGUACGGACGAAAAACUCUGUUAACACACGUCCAGCCACUUCCUCAUUUUUGGGCACAUUAGGAUAGUGCUUUACUGGGAAGUUGGGAAGUUGCAACCAUUUUUGUUGUUAUAAAUAUCAGAAAAUACCAAAAAGGCUCAAGUUGGUAGAGCCGCCCAAACAUACUGGGUUCUUGUGUCCUGUUUAGUUUCCUUUUGCUUAUUCCUUCAGAAUUUCAGUGAAUGCACACAAACUGUUUGUGUAUUUGCUUAGCCAAAUUCCUGAGUGUUAUUUGAAAGUUUUUCGGUGGUGUAAUCUCAUUUCUUUUAAGCCAAAAAAUAGUGAGUCUUUGGCUCGCAAAUGAUGCAACUGUGUGCAUGAAAGUAUACUGUGGCUGGUUAGUAGUGCCAAUUGAUGCAGAACCCAUGUCGCUUGAUGAGAAGAUAGCCUCACCUCAUAGGAUGUCACAUGCUGCAUUUUCAGUCCCACCUUACAAAAAACUUCACCCCCGAGGAGGCGAUGAAUCACCCGUGAGCUGUUCAACAAUACUACAGCGCCACCGGUUCCUCCUUAUCACCAUGGGCUUGCUGACUUUCAUCUGCAUCGUCUAUCUCUACUUUGCUGUCACCUUAGGAUCUGAUGACUCCUGCUCUGGGCUGACUGCUACUGAAAAGGCAGCUUCUCUUUUGGAGCGCAGCGGAGCUUCUCUGGCGGCAAAAGAAAAAUUGUAGCUUUAGCAUUACUAUUAUAUUUGAGUAUUUGUAUUAGCUAAUAAAAGGUUGUUAACUCGUAGUAUUUGUAAUAUUAAAUAAAAUCUUAUAAUUACCAAUGGGGGUUAGAGCAAUUUAGGGAUGAAAAAAAUGUUGGUGUAACUGAGUAGCUUCAUGAGGUGGUACACUAUGGUUUAGCAUUUGUACUCUAUUCUCUUCAAUAAAGCAUUUUUACUUUAUUAAAUAAAC